CUCAACGCUUGCAUUUUGCUCUGUGCAUAUUGAACCAGCUUUCUUGUAGCUGCUUUUUGGGCAUAUCACUAUUUCUGGACAUAGAGUCUGUCUCUCAAUUCCAUUCUGCCAGUUCUUCACGGCCAGCUCAGUCUUGAUUCAUCGCCAGUGGAUUUCAAAUCCCCCUAGAUGACCGGAAAUCUCUUGAACCAAGGAAUUUAUAUCAUGAUUGAAUAACACAUGCUUGUGCCUUCUUGAGGGUUCGAUAAACAUUCGUGCGACACGUUUAUUCCCCCGCAACUUAGACUGUCCUUCAGGACCAAUAUCUCCAACUACAACAUUCCUCGUAGCUUUUCAGAAGCGGAAUAUUUCUGGCAGUUCUUGGCUCGUCUUAUUUACAGUGCAGACUUGCAGUGGCUGGGCGAUCUGUCAUACCAGACGCAAGGAGAAAAAUGCCCACGCUUUCUCUGAUAAACUUUAACAUCGUCUGUGCGACACUCGGAGGUUUCAUAUCAGUCUUUGGGCUUGUGUCUUACUUGUUCAAGGAGAGAUUUUAUCUAUCCGAAGCAUUAAUUUCGCUCUUAGCUGGUGUCAUCUUCUCUCCCCAUGCCGCCAAUUUUAUAAGACCUAGAGAUUAUGCGUUGGGCUCAGAACAAAACCUAGAAGAAAUCACUCUCUAUUUCACUAGACUCGUUCUCGGUGUACAGUUGGUCCUGGCUGGUGUUCAGCUUCCGAAAAGAUACCUACAGAUAGAAUGGAAGAGCCUGUCACUUCUUCUUGGGCCUGGUAUGGCUGCCAUGUGGAUGUCCAGCAGCCUUAUAAUCUGGGCGCUGGUUCCAAACUUUCGGUUUCUGCAUGCUCUUAUAGUUGGUGCAUGCGUAACACCCACUGAUCCAGUGCUUUCCAACUCCAUUGUUAAGGGCAAAUUUGCAGAUAGGAAUGUCCCCCGCCCGCUACAAAGAAUCAUAGUGGCUGAAUCGGGAGCUAACGAUGGCCUCGGCUAUCCGUUUCUCUUCUUUGGACUGUAUCUUCUCAAGUAUACCGGGAUGGGGGGUGAGGGUCAUAGCGGAGGGGCUGGAAAAGCCAUGGGGCUAUGGUUCUACGAGACUUGGGUCUAUACUGUUAUCUUGAGCGUUGUGUACGGCACUACUGUCGGCUGGCUCUCCAGAGAGAUGCUACAUUGGGCAGAAGAAAAGCGCUAUGUCGACCGCGAGAGCUUUCUUGUUUUUGCCAUUUCCCUUGCACUAUUUAUCCUGGGAACUUGUGGUCUUAUUGGUACAGAUGACCUCCUGGCCUGUUUUGUCGCUGGAAACGUUUUCACUCAAGAUGACUGGUUUCGCCUGGAGACGCUAGAUGAUUCGUUGCAACCGACAAUCGACAUGCUUCUCAAUCUAUCGAUCUUCAUGUGGUUUGGUGCAGUCUGCCCUUGGUCCACGUUUUUGGACAAUAGCAUCAUCCCCAUCUAUCGCCUCAUCUUCUUGGGAAUAUUGAUCCUACUGGUUCGCCGGAUGCCUAUUGUCCUUGCAAUGCAUAAAUCGAUCCACCAGAUAGAGCGCCUCGCUCAGGCGGGUUUCGUUGGCUUCUUUGGGCCCAUUGGGGUCGGGGCUGUAUUCUACCUGUCCGUUAGCCGAGAAUUUUUACGUCAGAUCACGGUUGAUGGCAAAGUUCGAGAGGAUGCACAAGAAGUUUCGGAGGCAAUCUAUGUGAUUGUAUGGUUUCUUGUCAUCUGCAGUAUUGUCGUUCAUGGGCUUUCUAUUCCAUUGGUCAAGGCAGGAUACCAUCUUCCACGGACAAUUUCAACAGUGCUGAGUAUCGGUUCAGCCGAACCGGAGCCUGUUUCAAUCACGAAUUUAGAUCGAACUCAUAGUACGGCAACGCCCACCUUGGAAUUUGUUAACAACCGAGGCCGCAAACGUGGCAGCGCGCGUGAACCACCUCGAUCCACGUUCAAGAUUGGUCGGCCGAUUAUCAGGACAUCUUCUCCAGCAAGCCAGCCGCAGCCUGGGACGGGACAUGCUGAGGAGCCCGAGCGGCCAGUGAAUUUGGUUACUCAUGAUUCAGGAGACCCUACUUUGACAAUUACUUGAAACUUGAGAGUCCACGAUGGCAUUCAAUCUCCAGCUGAGGUGGAUGAGUUCUAUGAUUCAUCUGUUUCUUCUUUACUGGUAACUAUUUUCAUCAAUCUUGGCGAGAUUGUGGUGAUAUACUAUCUGCAUAUCCUCACAAAGAAAAGAUUGUUCCUGUACCUACCAUAUGUUAACUCUCACUCUUAUGCAGUAGAAAUGUAAUAUUGGCAAUGCAUUCUGGUG